GUUAUUUGAGGGUGUCGCAGAUCGUAGCUCAGGGAGAGUAUAAAAGAGCCCUCGCUGCACCGCACAGCCACCGCCGCUGCCGCUGCUCUCCUGCUCACAUCGCUGUCGGAGGAACCCCACGACCAUCAUUUGUGAGAUGAAAACCGACCUGGAGCUCGCCUUGGAAUGCGCCAUCAACAUCUACCACCGCUACGCCAUCCGGAACCCAAUGGAUGAUUACCUGAGCCGGAAUGAAUUUGCCAUGCUGCUGAAGGAGAACGCCAAGCCCUUCCUCACCGACACCGUGCCGCCCAACACGACUGCUGAUGAGUACAUCAAGCAGCUCUUUGCCAAAUCUGACAGCAACCACGAUGGCCGCUUGAAGUUCACCGAGUUCCUCACCACGCUCAGCCUCGUGGCCAUCGAUGCCCACAACCGGUCCCACAAGAAGCCUGGGGACCACGGCCAUGACCAUGGACAUGGCCACGAUCACGGACAUGGCCACAGCCACGGCCACGGCCAUGGCCACGGUCCCCACCACUAAGGCCGUUCCUGCGGAGCUGUGCUCCUCCAGCAGCAGCAUCUCCCCCGUCUGCCCAUGAGCACACGACCAAGGCUUCUCUCUCUGCUUCUGCCUAUGACACUGAAAUAAAUUGUCUU